CUCGUCUAUUUAAGGUGAAUUCAUGCAGGGAAAUUGAUAACUGCGUAGUACUUUAUAUCACUUCAGAAACAUGGGCGUAUUCUAAAAUGCUCGAAACUGUGCCGUAUUGGUGUGGAUGUUUUCGUAAUAAUUGCCUCUUUAAAUUAGAAAAUGUUUUGCAGCAUAUAUCUUGAAUUAUCAAUUUCCAAACAGAAAUCUGAGAGAUCAGGUAAAAUGUAAGAUAUGACAACCUAAAGCCUUUGAUUGAGGAAUUGUGCGCUACUCUCUCACUAUCUCUCUCUUUUAUCAUAUAUCAGUUAAUACACGACUUUGAAGGUGAUACAGAAUAGAUAUCUCGCUUUUAAUAUGCACAAAUUCAAGAUGUAUAUCGAGUUCUUUUUGUUUCUUGUUAUGCUUAAUAAAUAUGUCAUGGGGGAUAUAACAUUUAGAAGACUUGAAAACGAGGAUCCAGAUGAAAAUGCUAUAGAGACAAACCCGAAAGAAAGAUAUGAACUGGAAACUAUAAAAACAGAAAUUUCGGAUUUAAAGGAAUUAAUGAAGCAACAGAUAACAUACCUUCGGAUUUUAUUGACAUGGCAUGAAAAAUUGGAGGCUGAAAAUUCAAAAUGGCUGAAGAGAUACAAGAGCACCAGACGAUACCUUAGAAAGAUGAACCGAUCUCAUCAAUGCAAAGAUUCUAAAGAGGACCCGUUGAAUGUAAUAAAGCUUCACAGUCAUCAGCUAUCCACGACUUAUAAUGAACAUAAUGUAUUCGGAGAGUCGAGGGAAACAAGCGACCCUAACGCAAUGGAACAAGAGGACCAUUCUGGUGCAGAAGCUAACGACCAGGAAAAUGCUACAAAGGAGGAACCUCCAGUGGUCGUCAGUGGAGCAACUCUGGGCUUUUAUGACUUAGAAGUCGAUCUCACCAGUGGAGCUUACAUUGGUAACCAAGCAGGCAUUUCCUGGGUAUCAAAGAUUAGUAAAGGAAUUCAAGAAAAAUGUGGACUACAGGGCGUGGUUAAAAUGGAAUUUCCACCUAUAAGUGAUGGGGUACAGGGAACCAUAAUGAUUGACAUGUGGUUUGAUACUCCUUCUGAAUGGGUUUUCAACAUUGGAGAUUCGGCAGCAAAUGAUGGCUUAUCUGGUGAUGGUAAUUAUCAAGAAAACGACAGCGAAGCAGAGGGUUACAAUCACGUGUUUACAGUUUAUGGAAGUGACAAGAGUCAGACCUUUGACAAAGUAUUAUUUACAGCUAAUAACGCUUUACAAACAAAUCUGACUGUUUUGGUUACGAAUGAAGAAAUAUCCUGGAAAUCUUGGGAAAUAGACGAAUCUAGUCAUUUUAAAACUAUGAAUAACACUUCUUUAUUUGCGUUAAAGGGGCAAACGGAUUCUCAAGGUGCUGUAAACUAUGAUAUUUAUUUCAGUAUGAAUAGGGUUAUAGCUGGAAAUUAUCGCUCUGGUUCUGGUUUGUGUAAGGUGGCUUUUAAAUGGCUACAAGCUAUGUGACAAACGUACACCUCAAACACUCCAUACGACAUAACGAAGUCUUAUGCUUAUAUGGUUGCCCUAGCGACGGAUGAACUGGUAUCAGAUUUUAGUAUUUUUCUCGUUCUGGUUGUUCAUUAAUAAAAAAACUAUUUUAAAUCCAACU